AUGUCGAGCUUCAUAGUCCGUCCAUCCAAUUCGGACAAGGACCCUUUUCGUGUCCGGCUGACCGCCGUUUCCAUGCUGUCGCUAAAGUUGAAACCAGGCGACAUUUGUGAAUUGCGUAGGAUUGAUGACGGCGAUACGGGUCGCAAGAAGUUGGCAAUAGCCUGGGAGGCUUCCGGUGCUGGCAUGAAGGACACGGUCGUGCAGACAUCGAAAUUGCUACAGGAGGUCUACGGCUUCAAGUUGUCUGACAAGAUCACGAUUGGACGAUCUUUACGACCCAUCCAGGACGCCAGCACAGUCGUUCUACAAUGUUGCGACGGGGAACUUAGUGAAUCAAGUGCUGAAGAUUACUCCGUCUAUGCAAAGCUUACUCUUCGAGGCAAAGACGCUUUCUUGGUGUCUGAUCAGAAGAUCUUGUUCAAACUAGGCGAUCACGACCGAGAGUUCAUCGUCAAAGACAUAUCAAUAAACGAGGACAUGAUUGCUAGGGUCACCCAACAGACACGGUUCCAUGUGACCAAUGCCGGGGGCUCCCCAGAAGUCUAUGAAGGAGCUGAGAUCGACUUUCAGCCUAAGGGACUGGGAGGCUUGGACAAGGAGAUAGCCCAGAUUCAAGACAUUGUCCGAGAUUUGUGUUGUCCGAGCGAGCAGAACCAUCUACCGUCAUAUGAACCUAUACAAGGUAUACUUCUUUACGGAGCGAAAGGGACUGGUAAGACGGAACUGAUCUCACAGCUUUCGGGUGCAGAGUGGUCGGUUGUUACAUAUUGGGAGCCCGGUAGCCAGGUACAGAUAUCCGCACAGCCACAAUUGGUCAUUGUCCAACCUGGAUAUCUUGUCCCGAAUGCAGCUGGGUCCAUCAACGUGACAAGCAAGCUCGAUAGCUUGUUUCGACAGAUCCGAGGCAGCCCAACACUCAUAGUAGGAGAAGCCCGACAUCCAAACGACAUCAACCAGUCAUUUCGAGCAGCCAAAAGGUUUGGGUGCGAGAUCGAACUUCCCAUCCCUUCAGCAGUUCAAAGAAAAGAGAUACUCCAGGCAUUUCACAAUGGUGCAUCUGCCAUUGACGACGCCAUCUUGCAAGAAAUGGCAGACAGAACGCAUGGCUAUGUUGGCGACGACCUUUACUCUCUCAUGCGGCAAACGAUCAAAUUGAGCUAUGAUCGGCUUGGCCUACGUGGACUUUCUCCUAACGAGAGUUCGAAAGUCAAUGGCGAAGUUUCAGACGGCUCGUCCCCAAAGACUACAGCUCCGAUUGUGACAGUAGAGGAUCUCGAUCAAGCGCUGAGAUAUGUUCGACCAUCUGCUCUCCAGGAAAUAUUCCUCGAGAAACCGAAGGUCCGAUGGUCGGACAUAGGUGGGCAGCACUCUACCAAACGUCAACUACAAAAUGCUGUUCAACGACCACUCAAACAAGCAAGCCGCAUGGCAGAGUUUGGCCUCCGUCCCAAAAAGGGGCUGCUCCUAUAUGGACCACCGGGGUGUUCCAAAACGCUCUUAGUGCGGGCUCUGGCAGCUGAAGCAGGGACAAACUUCCUAGCGGUCAAGGGGGCCGAGUUGAUAUCGAUGUAUGUCGGCGAAAGCGAGCGAGCCACUCGAGAAGUAUUCCGGAAAGCCCGUGCUGCAAGCCCUAGUAUCAUCUUCUUCGACGAAAUUGACGCAAUCGCCUCUCGUGGUCGACAAGGGAGCGAUCUGAACGUGCUCACAACGCUCCUCAAUGAAAUGGAUGGGUUCGAAGAAUUGAGAAAUGUCUUUAUUGUCGGCGCAACGAACAAACCGGAGAAUAUUGACCCUGCCUUGAUGCGGCCUGGGCGAUUUGAUAACGUGGUGUACGUGGGACCACCCGAUUAUGAGGCAAGAAAGGAGAUAUUCCACAAACAUCUCAGUGUGAUACCGUACCAGCCCGACAAGAGCUUGGCGGAAGAUGUGGAAAAGUUUGCCGAGGAUACAACUGGAUUUUCUGGGGCAGAAGUCGUUGCCAUAUGCCAGGAGGCAGGAGAGUUUGCAUUCGACACUGAUCGAGACAGCAUCAUAGCCGAAGAUGUCAAAGAAGCUAUCAGAACCACCCCAAAGAGCAUAACGAGGGAGAUGCUCAGCCACUACGAAAUGUGGAACGCUGCGAGAAUGCGCUGA